AUGGACGCGAUCUCCUUCGUCCUCGGAAUCAAGUCGUCCCAUUUGCGGUCCACCCACCUUCGUGACUUAGUCUACAGGGGCCGUGUUCUACGCACUGCGAAGAUUAAUGAUGAUGGCUCGGCCUCCAAAGACCCGGCAGCGGGGGAGUCUGGGGGCCAGAACGGUGAGGUUGCCGAGGAGCCGGCGGAGAGAAAUGAUCCCAAGUCCGCCUGGGUCAUGGCCGUUUAUGAAGAUGAUGCUGGUGAGGAACAGCAGUGGAAACGCUCCAUUACGAGUCAAGGUGUUAGUGAAUACCGCAUCAACAACCGCGUGGUCACAGCUCAGCAGUACAAUGACGCAUUGGAAGCAGAGAACAUAUUGAUCAAAGCACGCAACUUCCUCGUCUUCCAGGGUGACGUUGAGUCUAUUGCCUCGCAGUCUCCCAAGGACCUUACACGACUGAUUGAACAAAUCUCUGGAAGUCUGGAAAGUAAAGCGGACUACGAAAGACUAAAGGCUGAGCAAGAAGAGGCCGCCGAGCACCUCAACUUCCAACUCAACCGUCGCCGAGGCAUCAACUCAGAGAUUAAACAGUAUCAGGAACAGAAACGGGAGGCUGAGACAUACGCCCGCAAGGCUGAGGAACGUGAUCAGGCCAUUAUCACUCACAUCCUCUGGAAACUCUUCCACUUCCAGCGCUUGAUCGUAGAGUCAAGUGCAGAGAUCCAGAAAUACCAGGAUGAGCUGAAAGAGUUCCGUCGGGGGGUUGAAAAGUACGAAAAGAACCUUGAGGAUGCCAAGGUUGAACACGCCCGGGUCGGCAGAGAUGUCUCAAGAGCGGAAAAGGGAAUCAAACUCAAAGAAAAGGAAAUCGAAGAAACCACAAACUCCCUCGUCCCCAUCAAUGAAAAGAUUGAGAUAACUGCCAAAAAGGUGGCAAAGUAUGCCUCCCGGGUAGACGAAGUGUCCAAAGAAGCCCUAUCGCAGGCAAAGACAGUGAAACAGCUUGAAAAGGAUCUUAAAAUUGUCGAGAAAGCCCAAAGCCAAUGGGAAAAUGAAUGGAAGCAAACCAUUGCCGUCAAAGGAAUCCAAUUAACUGAUGCUGAUCUUCAGGAGUAUAGCAGGCUCAAGGAAGAGGUCAGCAAGCGAUCAUCCAGCACACAGUUAAAGUUGGAUAACUUGAAGCGCCAGAGAAAGGCUGAUGCUGAGGCAGUUAACAACAUGAAAAGCAACCUUGAGAGCGUGGAAUGGCAAGCAAAGAACUUACAGACUGAUAUGGAUCAUAUACUCGAACGCAAGGCUGCCAUAACUGCAACAAUCAAAUUUACAAGCAAGGAAAUUGAUGCUACCAAGAAGGAACUCAAUAGUCUUACCUCGGAGCGUCUACGAGUUGCCCAGAUGCGAACUGAACUUGAAGAAAAACUUCAGGUCACCUUGAAGAAGCUGCUGGAGGCAGACGAUGGACGGCAGCAAAGUGAAAAGGAGCAGCGUACUAAAGAGAUGAUUGCUACUUUGAAACGUAUCUUCCCGGGUGUCAAAGGCCGUGUGAGUGAACUAUGCCAGCCUAAGCAGAAGAAAUAUGCCGAGGCAGUGAGCACUGUGCUAGGACGCCAUUUUGAUGCAAUUGUCGUUGAUAACGAGAAGACUGCAAAGGAAUGCAUCCAGCAUCUCCGUGAUCAGCGUGCGGGUCAAGCUACGUUUAUUCCUCUUGAGACUAUUCAGGUCAAGGCACUCAACUCUAACUUGAAGGGUAUGCAUCGUGCCAUGCGUCCGGCAAUUGAAACAGUCGACUUUGAUAGCUCUGUCUCACGCGCCAUUACGUAUGCUUGCGGGAAUUCAAUAGUUUGCGACGAUCUAGCAACUGCUAAAUACCUGUGCUACGAGAAAGGAGUCGAGGCGAAGGCCGUGACGCUGGAUGGUACCGUUAUCCACAAGGGAGGCUUGAUGACUGGAGGUCGCGGUCCAGGACAGCGCAAUGCCAAACGCUGGGAAGAUACGGAAAUCGCCAACCUCAACAAGCUAAAGGACAAGCUGAUGGCAGAUUUGGCUAAUCUUCCCAAGGCGCAUCGUAGAGGGUCCGAAGAAGAGUCCCUUCAGGGCCAGCUCACCGGUUUAGAACAGCGCCUUGCAUACUCCAGGGAUGAACUGAGCGCUCUCGAAAAGAAUCUAGAGAGCAAAUCAAGUGAAGUUGAUUUCGCCAAACGCCAGAUAAAGAGCGUCCAACCUAAGUAUCGCGAAAAGUCCGCUUUGCUCGAAAGCCUCGAUCAAUCAAUUGAAGAGAUCCAAAGCUCUGUCACCGAGGUUGAAGAUAAGGUCUACCGUGACUUCUGCAAGAGGCUGGGAUACAAAAAUAUUCAGGAAUAUGAUGCCCAACAGGGUUCUCUUCAAGAGGAGGCUGCUGAAAAGAAGCUACAGUUUACCACUCAAAAGACAAAGAUUGAAAACCAGCUUAGCUUUGAGAAGCAGAGAUUUCAGGCCACUGAAAUGCGAAUAGAUAGCCUCAAGACGCAGUCACAAAAGGAUGAGGCUAUGAUUGCUGAGCUUGAAGCCGAACGUGGAUCCAUUCAAGAACGACUAGAUGAACUUAACGACGAAUUGGCAUCAUUGAACGAGACCCUCCAGGAUCAACAAAAUCUAUUCUCUGAAUCGUCUGAGAAGCUGACACAGCAACGGCGAGAGCUUCAGCGACGCAGCAAGAAUGUGGAGGCCACCCUGAAGACUAUCAGUGGGUUAGAAGCUGAUGUGCAGCGUCAUUCUUCCGGUCGAUACACAUUGAUAAGGCGCUGCAAACUGGAAGACAUCAACAUACCUUUGACAGCGGAUUCAGAACCACUUGAUAAACUCCCCAUCGACGAGCUAGUGCAGCCUGAUCCUGAUGCAAUGGAGAUUGAUGAAGAUUCAAAUAAUCCAGUUCCCCAAAACCAUGUUGUACAAGACUUCGGUAUAGAGGUUGAUUUCUCAUCGUUGGGUGACUCUUUGAAAGAGGAAUCUGAUGAUAAACUUGAAGAAGAGCUUCAAGAGCGCGUGAGAUCACUUAAUAAUGAAUUGGAUAAAAUGGCGCCGAACAUGCGUGCCAUUGAACGUCUCGAAGGUGUUGAGAGUAAAUUACGUACUAUCGAAAAGGACUUUGAAGACUCUCGCAAACGCGCUAGGAAAGCCAAAGACGACUUUGAAGAAGUUAUGCAGCGACGAUCUGAGCUGUUCAACAAAGCGUUCACCCAUAUAUCAGAACAGAUAGAGCCGAUCUAUCGCGAUCUCACUCGGACAGAGAGUUAUCCAAUGGGCGGGAAAGCAUACCUGGAUAUUGAAGAUUCUGAGGAGCCUUAUCUGGAUGGCAUCAAAUACCAUGCAAUGCCACCCCUGAAGCGAUUCCGUGACAUGGAACACCUCUCUGGAGGAGAGAAAACGAUGGCUGCACUAGCCUUACUCUUCGCCAUCCAUUCUUACCAACCUUCUCCAUUCUUCGUUCUGGACGAAGUAGAUGCCGCUCUUGAUAACGCUAACGUCUCCAGAAUUGCUAAUUACAUUCGUGACCAUGCCGCGCCUGGAAUGCAGUUUAUCGUUAUCAGUCUGAAGACUGGAUUGUUCCAAGUUAGUGAGGCUCUUGUUGGUAUUUACCGAGAUCAGGCCGCGAAUAGCAGCAAGGCAUUGACGCUGGACGUAAGUUUGAUUGUUCCCUUCGAUUUUGAAAGUUAG